AUGGCACCAAUGAAACCCAUCCACCCCGCCGCCGUCCACUUCCCCAUCGCCUUCCUCGCCCUGGCCUUCGGCCUCGACAUCCUGCACACCCUCUCCGGCUCCCUCCCCUCCACCAUCACCAAAUCCCUGCCCCCACCCACCGACCUCACCCGCGCCAGCUACCACCUCCUCUCCCUCGGCCUCAUCACCGCCGUGCCCGCCCUUGUGACCGGCGUCCGCGAGGCCGUCGUCCUCAUCGCCAAGCAGGGCAUGUACGAGACCGACGCCUCGGGCUACGGCGUCACGAUGCGGACGAAAGUGAAAGCGCUCAUUGCGCACGCAGUGGCGAAUGAUUUGGUGAUGGGGCUGAGUUUGUUGGUCUGGUAUAAGAAGAGGGCGAAUGCGAGCGAGACUAUGUUGGGGAAGAUGGGAGUGGGGAGUCUGGGGACAGGGGAGGCGACGUACCAGCCGGCGACGUGGAUGGUGGUUUUGGAGGGGUUGUUGUUUGCGGGGCUGAUGAUGGCGGCGAAUAUUGGAGGGAGUCUGACUUAUAUUUUUGGGAUCGGGUUUGCGGCGGGUGGUGGAGGGGCGAGCAAGAAGAAGGCGUAG